AGGCAACAGAAGCAGCAGCAGCAGCGAUCGUUUUUGUGCUUUGUAUAAAAGCAAACAUUAUCUCGUCCAGCAGUUUGCUAGCUGGAAGCGUAAGUAACAACACAUUCUGUCUAUUUUCGUCGCGUGUUAGAUUUUUCACUCACUCACGGCAUUUCGACUGAUCUUAGUGAACUCUUCUAUGAACUCUCUCGUGGACUAAUUGUUGCCGACGCCGUAGACCAGCACCACUUUCUUGAGAUUGAUGAUUUUACCUUAAGUUAUAUUAGCAAGCAAGCACUCAAAUCUGUGAUACUACUUUAAUAUACGCGUAGUCGAAACUGGCUCUCGCAGAUUGUUGAUUGUAGGUAUCGUUACUAAUGAUCAAAGUAUCAAUUUGUAUAUAGUAUCUUUUAAUUCUGUUAUAAUUAUUUGCUAUAACUAUAUAUAUAUAUAUAUAUAUAUAUACACACACACAUAUGUAUACUUUAAAAAAACAAAUAUCAGUUAUUGUUUGACGAACAUCAAGUAAUUCAAGCAGAGAAUAUAUAACUACAAACUGACAAAAUGUGCUUGGUAUAACAAUCUUGUUUUGGAUUAUUAAUUAAUUUACAGAGAGUUACAUGGACACGUGUCCAAAUUUACUGCCUCAACUGGAAGUUGAAUUCGUUUUUUAUUUCAAAGUUAGUUUAACAGAUAAAGUUAACUUUUUGCUUCAUCUCCCAGGGCGGCAUAGGUAGACAACGUAACGCCGGAGAGAGAAAGAAGAGAAAUAAAAUUAGUUCAUAGCUACCAACAUUUUUCCACGAGAACUCAAGAUUCUAUUUAUUAUUUAAAAUAAUUCAUAACAAAUUGAAAAUCUAAAGUUUGCAGUGUCGACUGGUUCCUUGUGUUGGGACCUUCUCUCCAAGAAUGGCGACCACAACAUACUCUUUGGACAAAGUAGCCACUGGUAGUAGCAAUUCUAGUAGUUCCCAGCAUCGUUCCCCUGCUGCUCGUUCAGCCACAUCCCCUUCAUCAUCAGCUCAUAACCGAUCGGUAAAUUUCAACACACAGCGAGAGGCGAUUAAAGAACAAAAAAAGAAAUACUUGACCGCCAAGUAUGGUCAGCAUCAAAUGUCUUUGAUUAGGAAACGUUUAAAAGUUGAAGAUUGGCUUGACGAAAGAUUACGGUUCUUGUACGGUUGUAAGGAUGAUUCUGAAGAAUAUGACUCAAAGUUGGAUUUAGAAGAAUUAUUAAAUUUAGAAACAGACAGUGAAAGAAGAUGUUAUGCAAUGAAAAUGCUGGAAAAUCCCAAGCAACCUCCCGCUGUUGUGGAGGAAUUUGUUGUUCAGUUAUUGAAGCAAGCUAGUACACUGUAAUAGUGUGGUUUACCAGUGGCACUGUAACAGUUAUGAUUAUGAAGUCCUGUAACAGUGUAUGUAGCACCAGUGGUAACAGCAAUAUAGCUUUGGUGUACACACAUGCUUACACACACACAUACACAUAAUAUAUAUACAUACCAAAUUGGCAUGUGUAUGGUAGGGGAUUGUAUAGCCAAUUUAUUUCCAGGGGCUUUUUGUAUAUGGUGUACAAGCUAUAUAUGCAACAAGUUUGACACCCUGCAGUAUUAUUCUUAGAUGUAGUUGCAGCUCCCUAAUUGGUGACCCACUCCUACGACCCAUUUCAAGUUGUUAUCUUUCCUCAUUUGUCUUUUAAUAACAUCCAUACCUCUUUGAAAUUAACACGUCUUGCUCUCUUUUUCUCUGAGUCGAUGAGUGAAGAAGGCAUCUCUCUAUGGAGUUUGGGACAACAGAAGGAAUACAUGCAUUACAUAUAUGCUUGUGUAUAAAUGUAUUUAGGGGUAUAUCAGGGUGGUGAGAUGGAGCAUUUGGUCACUAGCAAGAGUUAGGUUUUAUUUUUUAAAAUUAGACUGUAUUUUGUAGUUCUUCCCCGCAAAAACAUACCAAGGUUAUACCAAAAAGAAAAUUCUUGUAUAUGUUCUAAUGACUUCUUUAUAUUUAAAAAUGCCACUGUCCCCGCUAAAAAAAAUCAACAAAAAUCAACAAAUAUGAAACAAUGUACCAUACAUUUUGAGGUGAAAAAAAUGUAUCCUGUAACUAAGUUUCUCUCUCUUAUGCUCUUAUAGAUCUCUCAGUUCUAAUGUUGUGGAUUAUUGAGAACACAUUUGAAUUUAAAUGUUGAAGAAGAAAUGAAUUUCCUCAAAGUGUUAAUAAAAUAACAUUAAAUAAAGCAGCAAAGUUGAUUUAUUUUUUAAUUUUUCUUUUCAAUCUUGCCAUAUGUUUACAUUGUCAUCAUUUUAAAAAUUCUAUUUUGCAAGUAUUCUCUAAACGUUUUUUUUUUUUUACUUUAGUAUCUUUUCCCUAAACUAAGAGCUGCUGCAUAAAAUGACAAAUAUUUCAAAAAGAUUACUUCACUUCAAUUAUUAUUAUUUUUUUUUAUUUUAGAGUGUGUGUGUGUGUGUGCCACCUCAGUAGUAUUUCAUAUUUCAGAGUGAUCUUUAUUCUUUAAACCAUCAUAUGAGUCAUUGCUAUUCAGUAAAUCAAUACUUGAUGUUACACAUUUGUAGCAAAUCAAGUUAUAAACAUUCUUUUAGUUCUCAAAAGAUUAAUCAAAACCUGAACAUCUUCACGUAUUAGACAUUUCUUGCAGUUUUGUUCUUACACAACUUGUAAAUUAAUACAAAUGAAAUGGGGUAAGAUUGUAAUUAACAGGCAGGAAAUGUAGCUAUUAUAAUUUAAUUGUAGAAGAUUAAUUAAAAAAAAAAAGAUAUUUAGUUGCUUUUUAUAAAACCAGUGUAGAAUUAAUAUUGUUAGCAUUACAGCAUGAGCAUUUCACAAUUGCUGCUGUCUCUUUUAAAAUUUUAAUUUUUGAUUAUUAUUAUUAUUAUUAUUAUUAUUAAUAAUAAUGAUGAUAAUUUUUUUGCUGAUGGUAUUUGAACUAAAGGAAAAGAUUUUCAAUGUUAUAAAUUUUAGAGUUACAUUUUUAUCUGUUCAAUCUCAAUUUUGUAACCAGAGCUCAUUUUGCUCAUAACAAGCUUUUGGGGAUUUCUAAGUAAAAGUAUCCUCCUAUUGAAUCAUUUAAAUCUCGGGUAUCUAAUUUACAUUCUGCAUUAAUAAGAAGAUUCUUGCUGAAUGUUCUAAAGUUUCAUUUAAAUAUGUUUGUUUGUGUGUGUAUGUAAGGUUAUUAGUUAAUGCUAUAUAUUACAGAGAAACUGAGUAAACUUCUACUUCAAAUCCUUUUUCAUAGGAUAUUAGAUGAAAUGGAAGAAUAAUAUUUGAGAUUUAACUUUGUAUUAAGAUUGAUAUUUUUGAAAUGAUAAUACUAUAAAAAUUAAAACAUUUUCUUCUUGCUUAUUAAUAUGUUUGGCAAGAUUGACUUUUAAUUUUCGUAAAGGUGCAAUUCCAUACCUUGUAGGGGGGGGGGGGAUUUUAAUUUGUAAGUUUGGUGAGUAGUUAUUGUUAUUCAUAUAAUGAUUGUGAAAGAAUUUAAUUUUAAUUAAACUUAGCUAAUUAGUUUCCAAACUUUGAGAGGCAGCCCUCCUAGAAGUCAUCAAAUCCUAGGUAUGUUUAAACGAUCAAACAUGAUCAAAGUUGUAAAUAAUGCACUAAUUUAAUUUCUAAAACUCAACAAAGAAUUGCUUUCUCAUCUCUUUUGUAGAAUUCCUAUUUAUUUUCACUGAAAUUCCUUUAUAUAUAGUCAAAAUCAUUUUGGCUAUGUUUAUUUUCAGAGAAAUUUUUGAAGAAUUUAAUUUGAUGGUAACAGUUAAAAAAAAUUCAAAUCUGGAAAAAUUUUGAUAUAUGAAAGAGAAUGAACUAAAUUGUGUAUGAUAUACAUAUAUAUAUAUAUAUUUUUAUAUAUAACGUUGACCACUAACGUGGACAAUUAAUGUGCUAGAAAUAGAUCACAUCUUGUGUCUAUUAAGACCUAAAUUGUUCUCAACAUGAAAUAUAGCAGCAUACCAAAACGUAAGCGCGCAAGACAUUUAAAAUCACCUAAAAAAAUCAGGCUGAAGAGGAAUAGACAAUCGGUAAGAUUCGUUAAAUCCGAAACCGGUCCCUGUUUAAGAAUGUGUUUUUUUUAGGUGAUUUUAAAUGUCUUGCCCGCUUACGUUUUGGUAUGCUGCUAUAUUUCAUGUUGAGAACAAUUUAGGUCUUAAUAGACACAAGAUGUGAUCUAUUUCUAGCACAUUAAUUGUCCACGUUAGUGGUCAACGUUAUAUAUAAAAAUGUUCCUUAAUCCCCUGAGAUUGCAGAUACUAUUUCUGAAUCUCUUUGAUUCUUUAGAUGUGCUGGCCUCCUGGUAAUUAAUCGAUAUUAAUUAAUAUAUGAUUAAUUACCAUAUCUUAUAAUAAUCUAUAUGUAUAUAUAUAUAUAUAUGUAUGCAUAAUUACACAGUAUGUUGUUAGUGACAAAAAGCUAAAAGGUUCAUGCCAUGAGGCAAAUGCUGCAUUUCCAGGUAAUUUGGGUAAGUCAAUUGCCUCAGCGCAGAAAUAAACAAUUUAUUCUAUUAUAAUAGUUUAUUUCCAAUGUAGCUGACUUUUCAUAUAAGUUCCAGUUUUCUGGUGUUGGGUAACAACAUUGACAAUUACUAAGGCUAUGUUAACUGGGAGUAGUAUAACAUUUGACUCACAACAUGAAACUUUUAAUUUUUUAUUACUAACACCAUAAAACUGUGUAUGAAUAAUGAUAAUUCUCAAAUAUAUUGAGUACUUUUUUUGUUUUUGCUGGGCCUAUCAACAAAAGAACAGUUCACUAUAUAUAUAUAUAUAUAUAUAUAUAUAUAUAUAUAUAUAUUCCCUCUCUCUCUCACCGGGAGAGAGGCAUAAGCACAUUAUAUAUAUAUAUAUAUAUAUAUAUAAAAUAUCUUUUUUUUGAAUGGUAGAUCUUGAAGCAGAGAAAGCUAUAAACGGAAGUGUCAACAAUAUGUGUGUGUGUUAUUUUGAAGAUUGGCUGGUGAUCUGAAAAGAUAUUAAUAUCUGCUUUUCAUUUUAACUCAUUGAUUAUUAAUUGUUAUGUAAUUAAUAGAAAAACAAAAAUAUUGAAAAUGCUAAUUCUAUUUAAUUUUUGACAAAAUAGCACGUUUUUCUGUUUAAUUGAAAUGCCUUGCAGUUACUGUGUUCUUUAAGUUUACUGUCUUGCACAUUGCUCUUGGUUCACAUGAUGUAAAACAUGUAGAACCUGAAGUAAAGGGUUGUGAGGUAAGCUUAGCAUAUUAAAAUAUUAUUAAUAUGUGAUUUGUUUUGAAUAAAUUCUAUCAUUCUAGGAAGAUGAUGGGAAAUUUAUGAAUUUUUGUAAAUAUAUAUUUCUUAUGUAAUUUUUGUGUAUAAGAAAGAAUAAAACUGGUAAUUGAAAUAACUUAAUCCUCUGUAUGCAUGAAAUUCCUUAAACAUCAAACCUGGAACAAUCAAUUCAAACACAAUAAGUCAAUCAAAAAAAAGAAAAAAAAGAAAUAUUGUGACAGUUACUGAAUAACUCAAAGAAAAAUGUAAAAAAAAAAGAAAGAUUUCUAUAUUCUAGAACUUGUCUUGGCUUUGGAAACCUAACAUUGUUUGUUGAUUUAAUGUUAUAAAUAUUUGUUUUUCUCAUCAUUUUCUGGAAAAUGCUGAGAGAGAGAGAGAGUGAGUGUGUGUGUGUGUGUGUGUGUGUGUAUAUAUAUAUACACACACACACACACACAUACUUUAUUUGUGUUUUAAGGCUACCAUUGGUUUUAUGUUAAGAAAAAUCUCAACAAUUUUUCAAGCCAUUCACAGAAAAAUUAGUGUUCAUCUCCAUUUUGGAUUAAAACACGAAAAGUAAUGGGAUGUCUCAUGACUGAGAUUUUUUUAAAACAUGAAACCAUUGGUAGCCUUAAUACACAAAUAAAAAUUUUUAUCCACUAAUGUGAUGUUGAGCAUUCAUUCUUAUUUACAUGUGUAUGUACAUUUGUUUUGUUUUGUCCUGCAGGGUGUCCAGUGGAAACCGCCCACCUUGGUAGGCUUAUUGGCUAAACUGAUAACUCUGCCAAGCAGGCUCAGUAGGGUUAUUUGUUUAGCCGCUGCUGGCUUGACCCUGCAGCAGAUACUGGGUUACAUGUUAUCAGUUGCUCUAAGCUUGAUUUUUAACAUCUUUUAUGUGUUGCUUACAAUGGCUGGCCAAAGUAAAAAAAAAAAGAAAGGCAAAACACUCAAUGAAAAAUUUCAUGAUGGAAUGAAGGCAUGUGUCAGUGUGGAUGGUAACUCACCUGCUGCAAGAGGUGUCCAUCAUUGCUACAUCUGUGCAAAUGUAGGUCACUAGCAGGACUAAAAAAUCACAUCUGUGCUGCUUUAAGAGAAUAAUCAAGCUAUAUCAUUACUUGAAAUAAAUUUGCAACCAUCAUACAUAUGUAUAUAUAUGUGUGUGUGUAUGUAUAUAUAUAUAUAAUCUGUACGUAUGUAUACAUACAUAGGUACAAACAUGAAUGUGUGGUUUUGAUGUCACUGCCUAGCACAACAUCUAGAGCAAGUGUGCUCUACAUGUGUCUCAUGUUGACCAGUAUUUCAUGAGUGGAAUUUUAGUAGGCAGGAAGCAUGCAGAGGCCUGUCAUACAUAUGUAUAUGUAUGUAUCUAAGUCCACCAACUUUACAGUUUAUCAAAAAGACUGCUAAAGUAAGUAUGGGGGUUAAUAUGACCCACAAAAAUCCUUAUAGGAGGUGGUCAGGCAUGGCUGCAGUUCACUGACUGCAACUAGUAAAAGGGUAUAUAUAUAUAUAUAUAUAUAUAUAUAUAUAAAAAUAAGGAUCUUUGUAAGCUUUUCAGAAUUUCAAAUGGAAAUCUUUCUGAGGAUGUAUUAAGUUUAUUUUUCUUUUAAUUUCUCAAGUAGUAAAAUUUGAAUUAUUUAUUGUAAACAAUCAAUUAUUAGUGCAUUUGCAAAGUCAUUUCAUUUUCCAUUUAUAUACUCUUUGUUAUCCAUUAGUGUUUUACUUGAUGUAGAUAUCUAGCCUCUUUCUGCUGACCAUUAUUACCUGUAUAUAGAAUUCAAUAUUUAAUAAUGGUGUUUCUGUUGUAAACAGUAUGCACUAACUGUAAACAGUAAAUCAAAUUUAUUUAAUUUUCAAUAUUUAUCGUUAUAUUUUGUAAAUACACUUUUAUAUACAUUUCUGGCCAGAAAACGUAGUUUUUGGAUCAGGAAUAAUAUUCCUUACAAGAAAACUUAUGAAAUCUGCCAAACUUAACUGGAAUUACUCCAGGUGUUUUACAACAAAAUGUUAUCUAUAGAUUAUUUUCUCAGCUGAAUAGUAAAAUUGAGCACUGUGAAAUUAAAAAAAAGAAAAAUAGAUAAAUAAAUGUGUUUAGCUACAGAAAAGUGUAUAUUUUAGAAUUUCUCUUUUAUAUGAGGUAAACAAUUAAGAGCUUUAUGACCAGUAUUGGCUGAAAUUCCAUUAUAUUCAGUUUUUCAGUAAGUUUUGAUGUUGGUGCACUCAAAAUGUGAGGAAAACCUUAUUUUGAUAUUUCAAAAAUAAUUGAUAAAAACUUGGGAAGCAAAGAGAAUUCAAUAAGAUCAAUGCACAAGCCAUUUAAAUUGGUUUAAUUAAUAAGUAGAUAUUUACAAGACAGUGAGUUUAAAAAAAAUUUUUAGUUCAGAAUUGCUUGAGUAAUAUCACUUUAUUUUUAAUAUACAUUCCGUAAUAUUUCUUUCAAACAUUAAACUGUUCAAUGGUAAAUAUUUUUUGUUAAAUAUAGAAUGCACUUGCACUGUAAACUAUCUUUAAUAUUUUUGUGUUGUUUUAAUUUCCAAUUGAAUGGUUCUAUUGCAUUAAGAAACAAUAUUUCCAAAUGGUUCAAUCAUUCUUUUUAUUAUAAACAUUGAUGUUUCCAAUUUGUGGACAUCCACAAAACAUUUCUUUUCAAAUUAUUAUCAGUCUGUUAUUUUUCACUAGCCAGUAAUUUCUUUUUUCUUACUUUGUACAGAUGAAAGAAACAAAUGCCCCUUUUUAGGGGCUCUAUAUUCUUUUUUAAUUGAAAUAUUUCUAAUUUCACUUCUAUCACAUUAUAUUCUAUAUUAGUUGUGCAAUUACUGUUCUGUUUGCCAAUCCAACAGUGAUAUAUUGAUCUGUAAAUACAUACACAAAAAUAUCCCCUCCCACUGGUUUUUACAAAAUUAAUUAAUGAAGAGACUGAAAGCUACACCUUCUAAUUGUCGUUGUACUGUUUGUAUUUCUUUUCAUUUACUGUUAUGGUUUUGUUUUUAUAUGAAUCUCUUCUAAGGGAGAUAAUCAAACAUAAGGUUAAUUCCAGUAAACCCAUUUGCAACUUGACACAUCUGUAUACUUGAAUCAAUAAAUAAUUUUGAAUUA